GGUGGUUCCAGCUCCAGGUUAGGGUGGGGCAGGUAGGUGUCAGGGUGCCUGGGGCAAGUCAGAACUUAUUGAAGUUUGUGUUACUUGGAGGAAGGUAGGAAGGAGUUGCUGUCAUCCAGGGCAUGUUCCUGCUUGCCCUUCCCAACCUGUCCUGGCCUUUGUUCCUGGGAGUGUGGCCAAGAGCUUUAGUGGCUUGCUAGGGGGCAAGGGCAGGCAGAGACUCUUCAAAUUACUAGAUAAACAGUGUCAGGUGGCCUCAGCACAGCCCAUAAGGAAGCAGCAGCCCUUUGCCCACCCUCAACUUUCAGUCUAGCCUCCCAGGAGUAGCACCCACCUAUCAAACUGCAGGAAAAAAAUUUUUUGAGCAGGGUCACCAGAUUGAGGCUAGCUUAAAAAUAGGAUAGAGAGAAUCCUCAGCCUGAAGACGGAGCUCCCGUGCCAGUUUCCUCUGGAGAUGUUCUCCCCAGAUGGAUUCCAGCAGGCUGGAGCAGGAACUGCAGUGGAUGGAGCUGGUCUGGGAGGAGGCUCCAGCAGACAAGGCAGAGGGACCUCUUACCUCCCAGGUCUGGAGUACUCUGUUCCAGGCAGUGUGGUGGGGUGCUCCCAGCCUGGUGAUGCAGCUGCUGAGGCAAGGUGCCAGUGUGGAGGAGAGGGAUCACACAGGUCGGACUCCGCUCCAUCUGGCUGUGAUGCGAGGCCACACACCUCUUGUACGCCUACUGUUGCAGCGUGGGUCCCUGGCAGGCGCAGCUGACCAUACAGGGCGCACACCGCUGCACCAGGCUGCCUGGCAUGGGCACUCGAAAGUGGCGGAACUAUUGCUGCGGCGUGGGGCCUCAGCAGUGGCAUGCUCUCAAACGGGCCUCACACCCCUGCACUGGGCAGCUGCGCUGGGCCGCACACUACUGGUUACAUGCCUUACGGCUGCACCAGGUUCAGGUUCUGCUGUGAAAGACGUAAGAGGUUGGACAGCCGCACACUGGGCAGCGGCAUGCGGGCAACUGCCAGUACUAGAGUUGCUUACUGUUGGAGGCAGCGUAGACCUGGACAGCGCCCUGCUGGUGUCAGCGGUAGCUGGAAGUGCAUCAGCUUUGCAGCUUCUCCUGGCGCUGGGAGCAAAGGUGGAUGCCCUGGACAGCACAGGAACCACUGCACUUGGCCUGGCGGCUGGCCUAGGCCAUCACCAAAAUGUUGAGAUGCUGCUGGACCAUGGGGCAGACCCAAAUAUCAGGGACAGGAACAACCUCUCUGCACUCCACAGGGCUGCCACUGGUGGAUACCUGCCUGUUAUACAGCUGCUGGUGGCCAAGGGCAUUGAGGUAGAUUCUCGAGACUCACUGGGCCUCACACCCCUGCACUAUGCUGCUCGGGGAGGCCAUGUAGAAGCUGUCAGUUAUCUCCUGGACAAGGGUGCACAGGUCAAUGCUGCUGGCUGGCUUCACAAGACCCCUCUGCACCUUGCUGUAGAGUGUGGCCACAGUACCACCAUAGAGCUUUUGCUGAGCCAAGGAGCCAACUCUACCUUGAGGACACAGUGGGGUGAAAUAGCCCAGACCCUAUAGGGUGUCUUCCCCAGGCAUUGCCUGAUUUCCUUAACUAACCAAACUUCGUAGAAACUGCAGAAAGAAAAGUAGAGUUGUACUUCUAACAAAAUUAAGAAUUUAGAGUUAUGGAGCAUAUCUUUUUGUUAAGAUUUGUUCACAGGGCCAGGCGGUGGUGGAGCACAUCUCUAAUCCAAGCACUAGGAGGCAGAGGCAGGUGGAUCUCUGUGAGUU